AUGCCGGCGACCGUGCUGACGGACAUGCGCGGCAAGCAGCAGGGACCCGCGCCGCACGCGCCACAGCACCUGGGCCCCAUCGGGGGCCUGGCCGCCGCCCUGGGCCCCGGCAAUGUGGGCUGCGUCAUGGAGGACGACCUGGACGACGAGGACGAGGACUUCGAGUCGGACGACCUGAAGGGCGCGUCGCCUGGCAUGGACAACGUGGGGCCCCCCAACGGGCAGCAGCCGCCCCCUGGAGGGCCCAACGGCGCGCCCGCUGGUCCGGGAGGUCCUGGAGGACCGGGGGCGGGCUUCUGGCUGGCGGCGGUGACGGCCGCCACCCUGGGCCCCGCGCACGGUCAGCACCCCAUGGAGCACGCCAUGGCUCCCAUGAACACCGUGGAGACGGGCUUCAUCAACAGCCAGCCGUCCAUGGCUGAGUUCAUGACGGCCCUGCCCCACCCACACAUGGGUGCGGACAUGGGCCCCGGAUCCCUAAGCCCCCAACCCCCUGGACCCGGCGGGGGCUACCCUGCCAUGGGCGACGGGCACGCCGGCGUCAACGUCCCCGAGUACCCCUGGAUGAAGGAGAAGAAGACCACCAGGAAGAGCAGUCAGCAAGAUAAAAACAAAGAAAACGGGCUCCCGAGGCGGCUGCGGACGGCCUACACCAACACGCAGCUGCUGGAGCUGGAGAAGGAGUUCCACUUCAACAAGUACCUGUGCCGGCCGCGGCGGAUAGAGAUCGCCGCCUCGCUGGACCUCACCGAGCGCCAGGUGAAGGUGUGGUUCCAGAACCGGCGCAUGAAGCACAAGCGGCAGACGCUGAGCAAGAGCGGCGACGACGAGGACUCGAAGGAGGGCGGCGUGCCCAGCGGCCGGUCCAAGGCGGACGAGAAGAAGAGCUGCCAGGGCUGCGACCUGCCCUCAGACAUCCCGGGCCUCGGCCUGCCGCUCAACAACAACAACAACUCGAGCUUCAACAACAACAGCAGCAACGCGAGUAGCGGCGCCAGCAGCGUCGCGAGCAGCCUGUCGCAGGCGCAGGAGGAGGACUCGCGGUCGCACGACGGCAGCGGUCCUGCCAUGCCUCACCAGGCCGCCUCGCGGUCCCAGGCGAUGCAAGACUUCCGGGUGGCGGCUGGCCCGGGGGCUGGCGUGCCCAGUGCGGUGGGGGCGCAGUUCCGGCCCGGCAAAGCCGCACACAACAGCAGCCCGGACCCCGCGGCGUGUUACAGCCAGACGCCCUACUCGCAGCAGCAACAGCAGCAGCGGUUCGGCUACCCGGCCGACACGCCAUACUCCCGCCAACAACAACAACAGCAGCAGCAACAGCAGCAGGUCCAGCACCGGCUCAACGGCGUGCCCGCAGGCUCCGGACGGCCGCAGCACAUGAGCAAGGGCAACAACUACCUGCAGAACAACUACCACGCCGGCUACGCAGGCUACAACGGCGCCUACGACCACACCAGCGCCGCCCACAACGGCCACCACAACUACCAGCAGACGUGCUUCCCCGAACAGGACGCCAGCGGGUACUACCCGGGCUACCAGUACGGCGAGCAGCACAUGCAGCACAUGCAGCAGCAGCCGCAGCAGCCCCAGCAAGACGUGGGCUUCUACCCGUCCGAGCAGGCGGGCAUGCAGCCGCAGCAGCAGUGCGGCUACGAGUACGCCAAGCAGCCCUACUACGAGUACACGCCGUCCCCCGAGCAGUUCCCCGGCGUGGCGCCGACCGUGCCCGCCGUGCCCGCCGUGCCCGCCGCCUGCGUGCUCACGCCGCCCUCCAGCUCCGGGGACAUCUGCUCCCCGUACCAGUUCUUCGAGCAGGGUGGCGGCGCGCAGCAGACGACGCAGGACAUGCAGCACGACAACAGCAACAGCUCGUCCGACUUCAACUUCCUGUCCAACCUGGCCAACGACUUCGCGCCCGAGUACUACCAGCUGAGCUGAGCCGCCUCCGCCUGAAUCUUGGCGAGGUACCCGCCGCCCGGGAGGCCCCGACCAGCCCUGCCCUGCGACUGGGAGGUCCGCGUUGAGGGCCUCCGGCCUUCGCGACCCUCUCCUUGCCGUCGUGGAGGCGGCGCGGCGACGCGGCGACGUGCAGCGCGAUGUCACCAGUCAAUUACCUACCACGUCAAUUGGGCGGGCGGGUUCCGUCCACGACAGUGGAAGUGUGCGGCGGUGCAGUGGCAACGGACUGAGCGGAGCCCCAAGCUCUGCGUUGUGGACUGCAGUGUGAAACUCUUUUUACUUUUGCAUGUUUCUAAUACUCGGCGCCUCCUUAUGCGCUCCACGCGAAACGGUUUCAGAGUCGCCCCGAAAAAAAAAUCCGCUAAAACAGCCUCACGUCUGUCUGCCAUCAUCCCAAAAGUGCGCAAAAAACAAGCCUAACUAAAAAAUCAUUUCAAGAAAAGCUUUACUUGUUUGUCUUUCUUUCAGGGGACCUCGGCUUUUUCAGGUUAGAAGGAAAGGACCAGGUCAUUUUCAGUAAUUGGAUAAUUUUUUAAAAAAUGAUCCUCGUGGUUUUGUUGUCUUUUUGUUGUUUUUUCUUCGCUCCCGCGCCCGGGCCGCGCCCUGACCGCCCUCUUCCUGCUUGAAGUCGGAAAGCCCUGUUCGAGGCCCCGCUGGCCCUGCUCGAGGCCCUGCUCGAGGCUCGGCUGGCUGCAGCGCCGAGGCGUAAGGGUGGAGUGCCGGGCGUUAUUGCUCGGGAAAUGAAAAGGUUGCCGUCGACGCGGGGGCGGCGGUGGGGCGGGGCGGGGCGGGGCUGGCGCGGUGAGGCGAUGAGGUGGUUUCAAGAAGUGCAGCCAAGCUGGAUUGUUAAUAUUCUGUGAUUAAUGAUUGAGCCGGUGGACCUCGCGCUGCGCAGCGAAGCAGCGCCCAGGCGCAGCCGUGGCGCAGCCCAGGCACGCCGUGGGGAAGGCCAGGCCUCUCGCCCUUCGGCGAAAUAGCUAAUCAGAUAGCUAGUUAUCCAUUAAAAUUUAUUAUUAUUAUUAUCAUUAUUAUUAUGAUUAUUAUUAUUAUACCAGAAAAAAUAUGUUAUUUGUUGUUCAUUCGUUCAUUUGUUGUUUGCUGUAUAUAAAUCUUAUUAUUAUUAUCAUUAUUAUUAUUAUUAUUGAAUCCUAUAAUUAAAUUUUAAAAAAAGAGAGAGACAGAAUGAAAAGAGAGAAAAAGAGAGAGAAAGAGAGAGAGAGAGAAAGAGAAAUUAUUGUAUUAAU